AUGGGAAUUGUAGAAGAAGCUCACAACGUGCGGGUCCUGGGUUCAGGCCAGCAGGUCAUAGUCCUAGCCCACGGCUUCGGCACCGACCAGUCGGUCUGGAAGCACCUCGUCCCCCAUCUCGUCGACGAGUACACAGUGGUCAUGUACGACAACAUGGGCGCCGGAACGACAAACCCCGAAUACUUCGACUUCGAGCGCUACGCCACCCUCGAGGGCUACGCCUUCGACCUCCUCGCCAUUCUGGAGGAGCUUCGGGUCGGGUCUUGCAUCUUCGUCGGCCACUCCGUCUCCGGCAUGGUCGGCUCGAUCGCCGCCAUCACCCGCCCCGACCUCUUCACCAAGCUCGUCAUGAUCGGCGCCUCCCCUAGGUAUCUCAACGACGUCGACUACUACGGCGGGUUCGAACAGGAAGACCUGGAGCAGCUGUUCGAUGCGAUCCGAUCCAACUACAAGGCGUGGUGCUCUGGUUUCGCACCCCUGGCGGUCGGUGGGGACUUGGACUCGGUUCCAGUCCAGGAGUUCAGCCGGACCCUCUUCAACAUGCGCCCCGACAUUGCACUCAGCGUCGCCCAAACCAUCUUCCAGAGCGACACGAGACAAAUUCUCCAUCUGAUCAAAGUGCCCUGCCACAUUUUGCAGAGCGUAAAAGACCUCGCUGUCCCUGUCGUCGUCACAGAGUACCUGCACCAGAAUCUGGGCGGCGGGUCGAUCGUGGAGGUCAUGUCAUCGGACGGUCAUCUUCCGCAGCUGAGCUCGCCGGAUAUUGUUAUCCCGGUGCUGCUUCGGCACAUUAGAUAUGAUAUUGCGGCGUAA